AUGAGGGUACACUCUUCUCCGAUUCGAUCAGGAAAUAGUAACCACGGAACUCAACACCAUCAGGGAGAGUUGAAGGAUGCCAUAUGUUUAGAGGAAGAGAGAUUAUUCUGGAUCUCUUUGAGGAGGAUGCCCUUGUCUUUUGAAAAUCCAUCCUCUAUAUUUGUUUUUCUUGACGAUCAAUAUAUCUAUGAACCAUUUUGUCAUGAUUUUGGACCUGUAAAUAUUGGAUAUACCAUUAAAUUGUGUAGACAUGUCGAUCAUUUAUUGAAGACCACUGCGAAGAAAAUAUAUCUAGUCACAAGUUUUGAUAGCCAAAAGAGAGCUAAUGGAGCAUUCUUGGCAGUUGCCUACAUGCUCAUUACUCAUCAAAAAUCGCCUGAAGAGGCUUGCAGACCCUUUAACGCUGUUUACCCUCCUAUCAUUACCUUCCGAGACGCUUCUCAAUCUUUGUCAACAUUUAAUUUAACCCUAUUAGAUUGUUGCAAAGGAUUGGCAAAAGCCCUCUCCUUAAAUUUCCUAAAUUAUGAAUGCUUUGACACUGAGGAAUAUCUCAAACUUGAGAAGGUGGAGAACGGAGACAUUAAUUGGGUAGUUCCAGGUAAAUUCAUUGCAUUUUCUUCCCCGUCAAACAGAAGAAUUACAAGUGAUGGAUUUGUUCACUUGACUCCCGAUGAUUAUAUCGUUCCAUUCAAGCAAUGGAAAGUAACAGCAGUGAUUCGCCUUAAUCGACCUCUAUACGAUCGAAAGAGAUUUGUAAGCGCAGGAAUCAAUCACUAUGAUCUCUACUUCCCAGAUGGAAGCACACCUUCUGAAGAAAUUGUCAAAAACUUCUUGAAAAUAUGUGAAGAAGAAGGAGUUGUGGCUGUUCAUUGUAAGGCUGGUUUGGGACGAACAGGAACCAUGAUUGCUCUUUACAUGAUGAAGCAUUACAGAUUUACAGCAACUGAGGCAAUUGCAUGGCUUCGAAUUUGUCGACCAGGAAUGGUUAUUGGUGUUCAACAGCAUUACCUACAGGAAAAGCAGAACAAAAUGUGGAACGAGGGAGAACAAUUUCCAAAAGCAAUAUCGACUUUGCACACUCUCCAAGAAACCCUCUAUCCUCUGAAAACAGUGUCGCUUAAUGUUGCUUUUGAAAAAACAAGGUCCGAACGAUUUUUAGAACAUCAUUCAGCUAAACCCCAGCUCCCCCAAAAACCAAAGACUGCUUACACUCUUCCAAUAGAGCAAAUUAGAAAAGCACAAAAUGAUGAAAGAGCUCUGAAAUCAUCAAGAAGCCAUCCCCCUGAAACAAGUGAACCAUCUCCACUCACACCAAAGCGUUUGCAAUUGUCACAGUCCAAAGCAAGUUCGACACCUCCUACUCCUAAAGAGCCAGCAACACCUCCUUCGAAAAGAACAGAAAAUGAGUCGCUAUUGGACUCUGUGAAAGAUUCACCAAUAGCUCCUAUCAACAUUAGAUACGAAAAAAGAUCAAAAGAUUCAAAAAGUAAUACUAGAUUAAGUCCAAGCUCAAGGUCUACAACAGUUAAACCAAUGACCACUAAGGGUAUAGGAAGAAUAUUGCAGAGUCAAUCAUUGAGAGAAAAGGUUCAAAGAUCCCUCACACCUCCAAAAAACUUUUUCAAAACAUACAACCAUCUUGCAAACAAUAAUGUGACUAGCUCUCUAAAUCUUUCUGGAGAUAGUGCAAGUGCAUUGCAAAUUCCUCUCAAAAAAACUCAUCAUAUCGAAGCGUUCAACCACAAAUUCGAGAGAAAUCCUCGAGACAAUUUCCUACUUGUAUCUUCUCAUGAUGUUGAACGAGGAACAAACAAGUACCUGUGA